UAUUUUCUAGAAUCAAUAUCAGAAACCAUCUUCCCUCAGUCAUCAUUCGACUGUAACAAAUAUCCAAGGAGUAACAACUUUUCUAUAAACUUCAAAAAUCAUGACGUACCGCGAUUGGACAUUCUUGAUAUUCGCUCUCGCCAUCUGCGUAAAGGCUCAACAAGGUUACCGGAGAGAAAAUCCCGCUAAUCAAUUGGAGUACAACGAGUCAGGAUUUUCAUCGAAUCCCGAGGUAUACGGGGACGAGGAUGCGAGCGACGUUACGAGGAGUUCGGGAGAAGAAAUACCGGGGGAGGCUGGCAAGGAUUAUCCGAUAUUCGCCGAUGUGCCGAAAACGGGAUUCGAAUGCGUUAGCCAACGAUAUCCCGGCUACUACGCCGACGAAGAAGCCGGCUGUCAAGUAUUUCACAUCUGUCAAAACGGGGGUCGUAUGGAUUCCUUCCUCUGCCCGAACGGGACGAUUUUUAAUCAGGAAAAAUUAGUCUGCGACUGGUGGUUCAACUUCGAUUGCGCCCGGGCGCGAAAUUUCUAUUCGGUAAACGAGGCCGUCGUCAGGGCAAUGGAAGAAGCUGACAGGAUCUUAGCCGAGAGGAGGACCGCCGAAGAGGGAUAUCGUUACGGCGAGCCGAGUGGCCCGAGAAAACAGCAAGGAUCGCCGUCGUCCUCGAAUGUUCCGGAGUCGGAUUUCGACACGGUGGUAGUUGAGGCGGCGAGAAAGGGGCCCUCGGGAUCCCAGCGACUUACUCCCCGUGCCGAAGAUCCUGCGAGACACGAUGAAACCGGACGUCAGAAGUUCGAAAAUUCGGCGAACGGCUACGCGACGUCGAAAGAUUCUCAAAUAACCGCCGCUACGUUCGGAAACCUCCGUGGCAACGCGGAGGACACCGAAGUCAUUCAGGAUCAACCUAGGCGCGAUUAUCUUCCGACUAGAUUCCGCACCGAUCAAUACUAGAUCGCAACUGACGCGGAGCUUCUAUUUUUAAUUGUACAGUACGAAGUGGACGAAAUAUUUAUAUCCGAAUAAAGAAAAUAUUUUUCAAGAUAA